AUGAGGAUAGAGGGUAAUCUGAAAUUUUUGCGAUAUUUACGGCGCGCUGUCACGGAGUUUCUGGUACAUAAUAAUGAUAAGAUGCAAAGGAGGGGUGGGAUGAAGGCUCUCGAGAUGUUGCGCCGGGCGCAAAACGACAUUCCAUCAGGGCUAGAUCCCGUCAAAAAUAUGUGCCAAAGAUGGUAUCAUUCGUCGGUAUUGAAAAACGAAAUUUUGUACAUUUAUGGGGGCUAUGAGACUUUUGUUGAAUCUAACAAUCAUGGUGGCAUAACCGGGAGUAUCACUAUGGGUACAAACAAUUAUAUGAUCGGUGUUGAAAUGAACGAAUCCUGGAAUUGGACAAAGGCUUCCGCCAGUCUGCCACUGGUAUCGGAGCAGGUCUAUCUCUCCGAUGCCGAAUCAUCAAAUGCGUUCUCAUCUGUAGUUCUCAACGGUGCUCUUUUUUCUGGAAUCCCUGGUACCAAUGAAAUAUAUUUAUAUGGCGGAACCGAGCAAAGCAAGAAUACGAGCUUCUAUGGCUACACCGGCCCUACAUCACCAAAUCAGACCCUUCUGUCUUAUAAUGUAGCUCAAAAUCAAUGGUCCUCGAUUAACGUAGACUCUACGAUACCCGAGAAACCUAGUUUCGGGGCGAGCGCUGACGUUCCAGAUCAAAGUCUUGGGUUUUACUUUAAUGGCGAGAUCAAUAACGGGUCAAGCACAGAAACGACCUCAAUUCCUGCGGGAAGUUCUGUGCCCCUGGAGGGUAUGGUUAUGUUAAAUAUGACGGACAAUACGACAAGGAAUAUCUCUACUGCAGCCAUCGACGCAAAUUCGAGAACAGGGGGGCUUUUACAAUACAUACCUGGAAUAGGAGAGAAUGACAAAGGCAUACUAAUCCAGUUUGGUGGUAUGUAUCGUCAAGCUGGUGAAUUGUCAGAUGAACUAGGAGGCACUCUGGCUCCAAUGGAUCAAAUCAAUAUUUUCGAUAUCAACAGUGCAUAUAAUGGAGGGAACGGGUCUUGGUUUACUCAACAAGCCUCGGGAAAUAUUCCCCCAAGAAGGAUGGAUUCAUGUACCGUUGUCGCCACUGCUCCUGACAAUUCCAGUUACAAUAUAUACCUUUAUGGUGGACAAGACGGAGGUUCUGUAUCUUACGAUGAUGUAUUCGUGCUCUCAUUACCUUCGUUCACGUGGAUAAAAGUUUAUGAGUCUGUACCAGGCAGUCCACGUUUUGGACACACCUGCCAUUUGGUGGGGCUCAAAAGAAGUAUUCAUCUUAUUGUGAUUGGGAAAGCUCGGGAGUGGCUAUUUACGAUAUGUACACGUUAUCAUGGACAUCAACGUUCUAUCAUGACGCCAACAGAUACAUUGUCCCGGGUAACAUUACUGAUGUUAUUGGUGGAAAGCAAUUCCAGUGGCUUUGCACAACUUACUCGCCCUUCUGGGGACUUUACAAAUGCGAAAGUUGCCUCAAUUUUCAAUCAAGCUCUACUGACCACAAACACCAACACCUCCAACACUACCAAUACUACUGGCAGUACCACGACUAGCUCAUCUGCUACAGCUUCGACGGCAAGUAGCAACGUAAGCCAUGGUGCAAGUACCGGCGUGAUAGCCGGCGCUACCAUCGGAGUCGUAGUUGCCGUUCUUAUCAUUUCUUCUCUGGUAUGGGUAUGGCGCAGAUCAUCUGCGGCUGAUCGCAUCAAAAAUCAAGAAGGGUCGAGGACUGAUUCGCGCCAGUCUCUCAUUGUGGAAGAUGGAAAAGCCCUUAAUCGGCUCCGAGCAAAUGUAAUGAGUAUGGCUUACGAUCCUAGCAAUCCUUGUCGUGUGCCUGGAAUAGAGGCACCAAAGGAACAGACCCGUGAGAAAUUAGGGUCUGAACUUUCUCUUAAUUGA